AUGGGCUUCUUCGAUAACGAUUCCGAGGAGUACCGUCACCACGAACAGGUGACCAACCGCCCUCACGAGGCUAAGUGGUCUCACGAGCUGAUCGGUGGUGCCGCCGCCUACGAGGCUAUGAAGGCUUAUGAGGACCACGAGGCUCGCAACGGCAAGAUUGACAACCACGCCAAGGCCAAGGAGGUCGUUGCUGGCCUUAUUGGUGCCUUUGUUGACCGUGAGGUUGAGACCAGGGGUCUGGACUAUAUUGAUCGGGAGAAGGCUAAGCGUCAUGCUCGUGAGCGUGCUGAGGAGUCGAUGGGUAACAGUGGUCGCUGGUAA